AACAGAUCCCACGAUGCCGGGCAGCUGCGACUCGGUGGUCCGCCCGGGCGGCCUGGUGACCUUAAACGUGGGGGGCAAGCUGUACAGCACCACCUUGGAGACCUUGACCCGCUUCCCGGACUCCAUGCUGGGCGCCAUGUUCCGAGGUCCACAGCCAGCGCUGACCGACAGCCGCGGCAACUACUUCAUCGACCGCGACGGCAAGGCCUUCCGCCACGUCCUGAACUUCCUCCGCUUCGGGCGCUUGGACCUCCCCGAGGGCUACGCCGAGCUCUCCCUCUUGCGGGCCGAGGCCGACUUCUACCAGAUUCGCCCGCUGCUGGAGGCCGUGCGGAGAGUCGAAGUCGAGCGGUGGCGGCAAAGGACCAAUGCCGUUCUGCAUGCUGACAUUGACCUCCGCCACCGCCGGCUGCACUACAACGUCCGCCGUGGGCCGCAGAAUUACGAACUGGACUCUUGCUCCUUGGAAAUAUUCACCGCCAAUGUUUUCUGCACCGACCGACACUUCCUCGCCAUUCUGCGCAAGCGGUUGGGACAGCAAACUAAUGUCGACGAAGAUCCCGAAAGGGUUCACAUUGAAUCAACGGAUUCCAGGCAACCGAGUCAUGACUCGGUGGAUGUCAAACUGGACGAGAGAAGCAACUCUCGUGCCAAAGCAGAGCAAUGGAAGCGGCAACCCGACGGUUCAAUCACCAUUGACGAGUCAAGACUCAUCCCAGACAACUCCAUAGAUGAAGACGAUGAAAUGAUGUCAGACUAUUCGGGCAGCACCGUGUGCCACCAUCUCAGCCUCGAAUGGGCGCCUUGCCCGCCCCAACUGCCGGCCACGGAAUAUGCCAAGCAAAAGCUCUAUCCGCUCGUUGUCUCAGACGGCAAAGAGAUGAGGACUACCCAUGAAUUCCUGGAAGAGGUCCUGAAAGUGGCCCUGGCCCACGGCUUCCGGGUGGAUUCGGUCUUCCCCGACCCUGCCGACAUCCUCAGUGCCCGCUCCUUGCGGUUCGUGCGGCAUUGAAACGCCGCAAAGCAUUGCAGAACAAAAAGUCUGGUGCGGAGAACGUCAAACCACCUUGGAUCCAAACAGAGAGGGUUCGACCAGAUUGAAAUGCAUCCAUGGAUUGCAUUGAGAGGAUCCAUUCCACAGAGAGGGGCAUUAUAGGCUGUAUCCACACCAUAGAAUUAAUGCAGUUUGGCACCACUUUAACUCCUAUGGCCUAGUGCUAUGGGAGCUGUAGUUUGGUGAAGCCCCAUCACUCUUCAGCAGACUAGGCUCGAGACCUUGUCAAACUACAACUUUCCAGCUUUCCAAGUCUCACUCUUUGUGUAGAGAUUAUUCCAAGCUUCCAAUGCUAGAUAUCCAUUACAGGGGUUGAAUGAAAAGUAAUGCCUCCACCUUCGUUACUUGGGUUUGGAUGGGAAUAUUUUAAUAAAUCAAACGCAGAAAUAAUCCUCAGAACAUGCUCUUCAACUGCCACUAUUCACUUUUCGACAUAAUCAAUUGGAUUUUCGACAUAAUCAAUUCGACAAUUGGAUACAUUUCUGCCAAUGACCGAACAAGUUUUCUGAAGCCGUCACGGGAGAAGUCGACACUCUGUUUCCGCAACUCAUCGUUCACAGAUCUUCCCAUUUGUUGUUGUUCAUUCGUUCAGUCAUUUCCGACUCUUCGUGACCUCCUGGACCAGCCCACGCCAGAGCUCCCUCUCGGCCAUCACCACCCCCAGCUCCUUCAAGGUCAAUCCAGUCUCUUCAAGGAUGCCAUCGUCGAUUAGUUGUUCAUUCAUUCAGUUGUUUCCGACUCUUCAUGACCUCAUGGACCAGCCCACGCCAGGGCUCCCUGUCGGCCGUCACCACCCCCAGCUCCUUCAAGGUCAAUCCAGUCUCUUCAAGGAUGCCAUCGUCGAUUAGUUGUUGUUCAUUCAUUCAGUCAUUUCUGACUCUUCGUGACCUCAUGGACCAACCCACGCCAGAGCACCCUGUCGGCCGUCACCACCCCCAGCUCCUUCAAGGUCAAUCCAGUCACUUCAAGGAUGCCAUCGUGGAGCCCCCCGUGGCGAAGUGGGUUAAACUCCUGUGCUGGCAGGACUGAAGACCGACAGGUCGCAGGUUCGAAUCCGGGGAGAGGCGGAUGAGCUCCCUCUAUCAGCUCCAGCUCCUCAUGCGGGGACAUGAGAGAAGCCUCCCACAAGGAUGAUAUCAAUUCAUCCGGGUGUCCCCUGGGCAACGUCCUUGCAGACGGCCAAUUCUCUCAUGCCAGAAGCGACUUGCAGUUUUUCAAGUCGCUCCUGACACGACAAAAGAGGAUGCCAUCCAUCCAUCUUGCCCUUGGUCGGCCCCUCUUCCUUUUUCCUUUCAUUUUCCCCAGCAUAACUGUUUUUUCUAAGCUUUCCUUUCUUCUCAUGAUGUGGCCAAAGUAGUUCAUCUUGGCCCUCUACUAUUUGAAACUAUAUUCCGAUAGCCAAGCAAAGUAAUAAUGACUGCACAUUGCUUAAGUUGCAUUGACCGAGAGUCUGCACAGGGUUCCAUACUUGACACUUUAACAACCCAACCGUUCAGUGCUAAGGCUUCCUGCCAAAAUCUGUAGAGGAGAGUCUACUGAACAAGCCAGUACCUACCACAUACCAGUACUGCCAUCUGUUGAGAAGUUAUGAUGGUGGAGGCAUUACUUUUCAUUCAACCCUCAUAUAAUUUUUUUUAAAAGCCCCUUGGAGAUGAUCUCAGAGGCCCAAAAGUACCUCUGACCCCAGGGUUCCCAAUCUGGUUUGGAGUAGUGGAUGCCUCUUCUUGCCCAAAUGGAACUGUAGAGGAGAGUCUACUAAACAAGUCAGUACCUGCUGCAUACCAGAACUCCCAUCUGUUGAGGAGUUACGAAAGUGGAGGCAUUACUUUUCAUUCAACCCUCAUAUAAUUUUUUUAAAGCCCCUUGGAGAUGAUCUCAGAGGUCCAGGGUUCCCUAUCCGGUUUGGAGUAGUGGAUGCCUCUUCUCGCCAAAAUGGAACUGUAGAGGAGAGUCUACUGAACAAACCAGUACCUGCCGCAUACCAGUACUGCCAUCAGUUGAGUUACGAAAGUGGAGGCAUUACUUUUCAUUCAACCCUCAUAUUUCCAGUCUGGACAAUGGGUCCCACACCUCUCAAAGGCAGACACAGCAGCCAACCUUGAAUUUUGAACCCCACCCAUCCCAGCAAUUCUCUCUUCCUCUCUGCGCUGGUCUGUGAUGUCAGGAGGAAGUCUCAGCCAAUGAGAAGGCAGAUCCUAGGAGGUACGUCUCCUGACCAACCAGGGAAGAGAGCGGGAAGUUUGAAUAGCUGCCAAACUUCAUAAAAUGUGCUCCACUUUCCUGUACGAGUUAUGUCACUUCUUUUGGCGAUUGCACUGUUCUGUCAUCCACCUGGCCAGGUGAAUAAACUUCUGUUAUUGCCUUCAAA